AUGAACCUGCACCACGUCGCCAGCACGCAGUUCGAAGUUUCCAUUCCCGCUGUAGCAGAUGGGGAAUAUUACUUCGUUGCUACUGUGCCCUACGUUACUGGAGCCAGUGGUGGAGUCGGAUUCAGGACUUGGAAUCAAACUAUGUCAAUCAUUGCCCCUCCUAUCUGA